AUGGUGAGUAGUAAAGAGAACCUGGAGAAGAGGAAACAGAAAAGACACGCGGGAGUUGAAACGGAAGUUUGGAAGAAAGACCAGGCCAAAAAGAAAUCUGAGUCCCAUGAAAGCCCUUCACCCAGGCCCCUUCUCAUCUCCCUGAAACUGGCCUUGCCCGCGCUGCUGCUGCUGCUCGCAGUGGGCGCCUUGGCCCAAGAGGAAACAAAGGAAAAUAUCCCCCAAAACUGUCCAAAAGAUGCAUUUCGGUUCAAGCACCUCAGAAAGUAUGUGUACAACUACGAGGUCGAGAAUUCUGGCGGAGUCCCUGGAACUGCUGAUAUAAGAAGUGCCACCAAGAUUAACUGUAAGGUGGAACUGGAGGUCCCUCAACCCUGUAUCUUCAUUCUGAAGACGAGCCAGUGCACCCUGAAAGAAAUGUAUGUUGUCAACGCUGAGGGCAAGACAGUGAUGAAGAAGACCAAGAACUCUGACGAGUUUUCUGCUGCCAUGGCCAGGAAUGACCUCAAGUUCUUUGUCUAUAACGGGAAGCAGGUUUUGCUCAUCCAAGAGAAGAAUGAGCUCAAACACAUCCUAAACAUCAAGAGGGGCAUCAUUUCUGCCUUUCUAGUUCCUCCAGACACAGAAGAGGCCAACCAAGUGUUGUUUCUGGAUACUGUCUAUGGAAAGUGCGCCAGUGAAGUCACCUUUAAGACAAGUACAGAAAACGUGGUGACAGAGAUAUCCAUUAACAGGAACUUGAGCGAGUGUGAUCACUUCAAACCCAUCGCCACAAGCGUCAGCCCCCUAGCUCUCAUCAAAGGCAGGAUUGACCCCUUAUCAAGUCUGAUCAGCAGCAGCCAGUCCUGUCAGUACACCCUGGACUCCAAGAGGAAGCAUGUGUCGGAAGCAGUCUGCAAGGAGAAACACCUCUUCUUGCCUUUCUCCCACAAGGAUGAGUACGGAAUGAUGACACAGGUCACACAGUCUUUGAAACUUGAAGAUGUACUGAAGAUCAGCAACAACUUCUACAAUGAAGGUGGCAAGAUAGUGAGACUCACCUUUGAGAGCACCAAGUCCAUAUCACUCUCAAAGCAAGCAGAUGUUGCUUUGAAAACACUUCAGAAAUUGCAACAAGUGUCCUCUUAUGAGAUGAACAUCCAGAGAUCUAACCUCUUCAACAAGCUGGUUACUGAGCUUAGAGGCCUUAACAACGAAGUUCUCACAGGUGUCUUGCCAAAGCUGAUUCAAGUGUCCAGCCCCAUCACUUUACAAGCCUUGGUUCAGUGUGGGCAGCCCCACUGUUACACUCACAUCCUCCAGUGGCUCAAGAGUGAGAAUGCCAACCCCCUUCUGAUAGAUGUUGUGACUUACCUGUUGGCCCUGAUCCCAGAGCCCUCUGAAGAAAGGGUGCAGGAGAUCUUCAAGACGGCAAAGCAGCAGUGGAGCCGGGCCACCUUUUAUGCCCUGAGCCAUGUGGUCAACAACUAUCAUGAGAUAAAUCGCAAGACGACCCAGGUCCUGUUAGACAUUGAGGAAUACCUGUUGGCACAGAUUCGCAAUGACUGCACUGGAAACAAAGACCACAUCUACUUGAUUUUGAGGGUCAUUGGAAAUAUGGGCAGAACCAUGGAUCAGGUGAGCCCAAGACUGAAGUCCUCUGUCCUGAAAUGCACCAUAAGCACACAGUCAUCGCCGAUGAUUCAGAAAGCUGCUAUCCAGGCCCUGAGGAAAAUGAGCUCUAACCGAAAGGUCCAGGAAACUCUUCUUGAGAUUCUCCUUGAUGGUGCUUCUCCAGUGGAUAAACGUCUGGCUGCCUACCUCAUCCUGAUGAGGGAAGCUUCCCAGGAGGAUAUUAACAAAGUUGUCCAGUUUCUCCCACAGGAAAAGAAUGAGCAAGUGAAAAAUUUUGUAGCUUCCCACAUUGCCAACAUCUUAAAUUCAGAAGAAUUGUAUGUCGACUCAUUGAAAACAUUAGUGGAAGAAACUCUAAAUGGCUCUCAACUCCCAACCAUCCUGGAUUUCAAAAAAUUCUCUCGGAAUUAUCUCAUCUCUAAAUCAGCUACCCAUCCAUCACUUGGUCUCGUCUCAGGUGCACUGGAAGGAAAUCUUAUAUUUGAUCCAAACAAUUACAUUCCUAAAGAAAGCAUGCUAAAGGCCACCCUCACUUUCUUUGGAUUUUCUCCAAAUGAUCUUUUCGAGAUCGGCUUGGAAGCAAAGGGCUUUGAACCAACAUUAGAAGCUCUCUUUGGAAAGCAAGGAUUUUUCCCAGACAGUGUCAACAAGGCUUUGUACUGGGUUGAUGGAAAAGUUCCUGAUCAGGUCUCCAAGGUCUUGAUGGAUCACUUUGGCUACAACAAAAAUGAUAAUCAUGAGCAGGAUAUGGUGAAUGGAAUUAUGUUCAAUGUUGAUAAACUGGUGAGAGAUGUGAUAUCCAAAGAAGUCCCAGAAGCUCAAGCCUAUCUUCGCAUCUUGGGACAGGAGCUUGGUUUUGUCAAGUCCAGUGACCUAAAGUACCUGCUUCGGCUGCUACUCAAUGGUGCUCGCGCUCUACAGGGGAUCCCUCAGAUGAUUGGAGACAUCGUGAAGAAAGGUUCAACGAAUGACUUGUUUCUUCACUAUAUCUUCAUGGACAACGCCUUUGAGCUCCCCACUGGAGCGGGACUGCAAUUGCAAGUAUCCUCAUCUGGACUCAUCACUCCUGGAAUCAGGGCUGGAGUAAAACUUGAAGUAGCCAAUAUGCAGGCUGAGCUGGUGGCAGAGCCUUCUGUGUCAGUGGAGUUUGUGACAAGUCUGAGCAUCAUCAUUCCAGACUUUGCUAAGAGUGGGGUCCAAGUAAACACCAACUUCUACCAUGAGUCAGGCCUGGAGACUCAUGUCACCCUGAAGGCUGGGCAGCUGAAGUUCAGUGUUCCUGCUCCAAAGACGGCAGUCAGACUGUUCAGUGGCAGCAACACACUGCAUUUGAUUUCUACCGCCAAAACGGAAGAGAUUCUGCCUCGGGCUGAGAACAGACAACAGUGGUCAAAUUGCAAGCCUUUCUUUGUUGGUUUGAACUACUGCACCAGUGGCGCUUACUCCAACGCCAGCUCCACAGACUCUGCCUCCUACUAUCCGCUGACAGGGGACACCAGAUUUGACCUGGAGCUGAGGCCAACUGGAGAGGUAGAGAGGUAUUCUGUGAGUGCAACCUAUGAACUCCUGAGGGAAGGCACUGCCUUGGUGGAUUCCCUGAAGUUUGUAACUCAGGCAGAACAUCUGGUUCAGACUGAGAUGGCUGUGGUGUUCAAAUAUAACCGAGAGAGUGUGGCUUUGACUGGUGAAAUCCUAAGUCCAUAUUCAGAGGUUGACCUUGGAGCAUUUCUCAGAGUCAGUGAUGAAUCGACUGAAGAAAACAAGUCCUACAAGCUCACCUUGGACAUUCAGAAUCAGAAAAUCACUGAAAUCAUGCUCACUGGCCAUGUGAGUCAUAAUGCUAAAGAUGAAGGCAAAGUCAAAGGCAUUAUUUCCAUCCCCCGUUUGCAAGCAGAAGCCAGAAGUGAGAUCUUCACCCAUUGGUGUCCCUCAAAACUCCUCCUCCAAAUGGACUCCUCUGCCACAGCUUAUGGCUCAACAAUUUCCAAGAAGUUGGCCUUGCACUAUGAUGAAAAGAAGAUGGUAUUUGAAUGGAAUGCUGGCACCAAUGUGGAUACCAAAAAAGUGGCUGCAAAUUUCCCUGUGGAUCUCUCUCAUAUUCCUGAAAGCUUGAAUACGUAUGCCAACAGCCUCUUGGAUUACAGAAUCCCUCAAACAGAUAUGACAUUCCGGCACAUGGGUUCCAAAUUAAUAGUUGCAACAAAUACAUGGCUUCAGAAGGCAUCUAGCAAGCUUCCUUUUGCUCAGGCUUUGCAAGAUCACCUUAGUGACCUAAAAGAGAUAAACCUACAGAAAAUGGGCUUGCCAGAGUUCCACAUGCCAGAAAACCUAUUCUUGAAAAGUGAUGGCCAGGUCAAAUAUACCUUCAACAAGAACAGUGUAAAAAUUGAGAUUCCUCUGCCUUUUGGUGGCAAAUCCUCCAAAGAUUUAAGGAUCAUACAGACUGUUUGGACACCAGCCCUCGAUUUCAAGUCUGUGGGGUUCAAUCUGCCAUCUCAAGAGUUCCAGAUCCCCACUUUUACCAUUCCCAAUUCGGUUAAACUGCGGGUGCCUCUCUUGGGUGUUUUGGACCUGUCCACAAACGUGUACAGCAAUGUGUAUAACUGGUCAGCUUCGUACACUGGUGGCAACAUGACCACAGACGACUUCGUCCUGAAGGCCUACUACAGCAUGAAGGCCAACUCUGUAGUUGACUUCCUCUCCUACAGUGUACAAGGAUCAGGAGAAGCAACCUAUGACAACUGGAACACGAUCUUAUUAUCAUGUGCUGGAUCCCUGCAACACAAAUUUCUGGAUUCAAAUAUCGAAUUCAGUCAUGUGGAAAAAUACGGAAAUAACCCAGCCUCAAAAUGUUUAUUAACAUUUGAUACAUCUAGUCCCUGGGGACCACAAAUGUCAGCCUUUGCAUAUUUGGAAACACAAAAGAAACAGCACCUGCAUGUCAGGGAAGCCAAAGUGAUUGGGGAGUUCGGAACCUCUUCACUCUAUACAAAAGGCAUUUGGGACCUGUCUCUUGAGAAGGAUCUUAAUACAGGCCAGCUAAAUGGAGAGUCCAGCCUGAUAUUUAACUCCACCUACCUCCAUGGAAGCAAUCAGAUAACAGGAAAGUAUGAAGAUGGUAUAGUCACCAUCCUCUCCACCUCUGAUCUCCAAGAUGGCCUCCUUAAAAAUACAGCUUCCCUGAAAUAUGAGAACUACCUGCUGAUUCUGAAAUCUGAUACUAAUGGGAAGUACAAAGACUUCACCACUUCUCACAAGGUGGAUCUGACCUUCUCUAAGCAAGAUGCAUUGCUACGUUCUGAGUACCAGGCAGAUUACAAGGCACUAAGGUUCUUCACCUUGCUUUCUGCCUCUCUCAGUUCUCAUGGUCUUGAACUGAAUGCUGACAUCAUGGGCACUGACAAAAUGAACAGUGGUGCUCACAAAGCAACCCUAAGAAUUGGCCGUGGUGGAAUGUCAACCAGUUCAACAACUAACCUGAGGUACAACCCUCUAGUGCUGGAGAAUGAGCUGAAUGCAGAGGUUGACCUCUCUGGAGCAUCAAUGAAGUUAAUAACAAACGGCCGCUUCAGGGAACACAAUGCAAAGCUCAAUCUAGAUGGAAAAGCCUCUCUCACAGAGCUGUCCUUGGGUAGUGCCUAUCAGGCCUUGAUUCUAGGUGUUGACAGCAAACAUAUUUUCACCUUCAAGAUCAACCAAGAGGGGCUUAAACUUACAAAUGAUGUGAUGGGAUCAUAUAAAGACAUGAAACUUGACUACACAAACAGUCUCAACAUUGCAGGCUUAUCUCUAGGUUUCUCUUCAAAACUUGGCAACGUUUAUAGCCCUGACAAAUUUUAUAAGCAACUUUUCAAUUUUCAGCUUCAGCCCUACUCCCUUGUAGCUACUUUAAACAAUGACCUGAAAUACAAUGCUCUGGAUCUGACCAAUAACGGGAAAUUACGGCUAGAACCUCUGAAGCUCAGUAUGGGUGGUAACAUAAAAGGAUCUUACCAAAACAAUGAGAUAAAGCAUAUCUACACUAUUUCGUAUGGUGACUUAACAGGCAAUUAUAAAGCAGACACAGUAGCUAAGUAUCAAGAUGUAGAGUUUAACCAUCGGCUCAACACAGACAUUUCUGGGCUGGCAUUAGCUGUUGACAUCAAUACAAACUAUAAUUCCGAAUCAUUACAUUUAAGCAAUGUUUUCCACUCUGCAAUGGCACCAUUUACAAUGACUAUCGAUACCCAUACAAAUGGCAACGGGAAACUAGUUCUCUGGGGGGAACAUAUUGGACAGCUAUAUAACAAAUUCCAGUUGAAAGCAAAACCUCUGGCACUUACCUUUUCUCAUGAUUACAAAGGAGUCACAAAUCACCGUCUCACAUCCAAAAGAGACAUCGACACCUCUCUUGAUCACAAAGUCAGUGUCCUGCUUACUCCAACGGAACAAAGAAGUACCUGGAAACUGAAGACGACGGUGAAUAAAAAUGAGUACAGCCAGGACUUUGACGCUUACAACAUUAAAGACAAAGUAGGCAUGGAGUUUAACGGGUACGCCCUAGCUGACCUCACUGUGCUAGAUUCACCAAUUGCAGUGUCCUUUCUACACAGUGAGCCAAUUAAUCUAAUUGAUGCUUUAGAAAUAAGAGAUGUUGCUGUCCAGCCACAAGAAUUCAGAAUUGUUGCUUCUGUGGAGUAUGAUAAGAACCAAGAUGUUCACACAAUCAACCUCCCGUUCCUGGAAAUGGUGCCAGAAUAUUCUGAAAAAAAUCGAAAAGCAAUUUUAGCUGUAUUGGAGAGCAUACAGAGAGAACUGAAGCGCAUCAAUAUUAAUCAACUUGCAAGGAAAUACCGAACAGCUCUGGACAGAGUCCCACAACAAGUUAAUGACUAUCUGAAUACAUUCAACUGGGAGGCACAAGUUGCAAAUGCUAAGGAGAAGCUAACUGCUUUCAUGAAAAAUUACAAGAUUACAGUAAAUGAUCUACAAAUUGCAUUGGAGGAGGCCAAAAUCAACUUGAAUGAAAAACUCUCUCAACUUGAGACAUAUGUGAUACAAUUUGAUCAGUAUAUUAAAGAUAAUUAUGAUGUAGGUGAUUUAAGACUAGCUAUUGAUAAGAUUAUUGAUCGAAUCAUUGAAAAAUUAAAAAUCCUUGAUGAACAUUAUCAUAUCCGUGUAAACUUAAUAAAAUCCAUCCACUAUAUAUAUAUUUUGAUUGAAAAUGUUGAUUUUAAAAAAACAGGAAGUAGCACUAUAUCUUGGAUAGAAAAUGUCGAUGCUAAAUAUCAACUCAGAAUGCAGAUAAAAGAAAAAUUGCAACAGCUCAUGACACAGAUUCAGAGUACAGAGCUCCAACAUCUUGCUGAAAAGUUAAAACAACAUGUUGAGAGUAUUGAUAUCAGAGUGCUUUUAAAUCAGUUAAGAACUGCAAUUAAGAUUCAGGAAGUAAAGGACAUUAUUAAGUACAUAAAAGACCUUCUUGUAAAUCUUAUUGAAGAUUUUAAAAUAACUGAGAUCAUUAAUGCUUCUAGAGCCCAAGUCCAUGAGCUAAUUAAGGAAUAUGAUGUAGACCAAAAAAUACAGCUACUAAUGGAUAAAUCAGUACAGUUGGCCCACCAGUUUAAGUUAAAGGAGAUGCUUCAGAUGCUAAGCAGGGGCCUAAAACAAGUUGAAAUGAAGGUUUACUUGGAGAGAUUGGUUGAGUGGAUUGAUGAUAACAUCAAAAAGCUUAAAGCCCUGGACUUGGAAAAUUUUAUGAGAGAAGUAAAUAGACUCCUUAACAUGUUGGUAAAGAAAUUAAGGUCAUUUAAUUAUAACCAGUUUGUGGAUGAAACCAAUAACAAAAUCCGUGAGGUGACUCAAAGAAUCAAUAGUAAAAUCCAGGCACUAGAGCUCCCACAGAAAGCUGAAGCCUUAAAAUCCUUUGCAGAAGAAGUCAGACAGAUGACCAUAGUCUAUAUGGAUGAUCUAAAGAACACUAAAAUCAUCUUAUUCCUUGAUGGGCUACAAGAUACUUUUGGUCCAUUAACAUUAACUGCCCUGAAAGACAAAUUCCAUGAGACUCUAGAAGACAUUAGAGACCGAAUGUAUCAAAUGGACAUUCAACAGGAACUCCAGAGAUACCUCUCUCUGAUAAGCCAGGUUUAUCACACCCUCGUCAUGUAUGUUUCAGAUUGGUGGAUUCUUGCUGAUAAGAACCUUACUGAUUUUGCUGAACAAUAUUCUCUCCAAGACUGGGCUGAAAGUGUAAAAAAACUUGUGGAAGAGGGCUUCACAGUCCCUAAAAUUCAGACUAUGUUUGGGACCAUGCCUGCCUUUGAAGUGAGUCUUCGUGUUCUGAAAAAAGCCACAUUUCACACUCCUGAUUUCAUAGUCCCCCUGACAGAUUUAAGAGUUCCAUCAGUAGAGAUAAACUUCAAAAUACUGAAAAAUGUCAAAAUCCCAUCCAGGUUUACCACACCAGAAUUUACUGUCCUCAAUACCUUCCACAUUCCUUCUUUUACAAUUGACUUGGUAGAAAUUAAAGUAAAGAUUAUCAGAACCAUUGACCAAAUGAUGAGCAGUGAGCUGCAAUGGCCAGUUCCAGAAGUGUACUUUUGGGAUCUGAAGGUGAAUGACACCCUUCUUGCUAAAAUUUCUCUGCCAGAUUUCUCUUUUCCAGAACUCAAAAUUUCUGAAUUUGUAAUUCCAAAUCUCAACCUUAAAGAUUUUGAAGUUACUGAACUGGACAUACCAGAAUUCCAGCUUCCCCACAUCUCUCACACAAUCCAAGUACCUACUUUUGGCAAGCUGUAUGGUGAUUUGAAAAUACAGUCUCCACUUUUGACACUACACACAAAUGCUGCCAUUCAGAAUAUGACCACUUCAGUGAACAAGACUGAGAUUGUGGCUUCCUUCACUGCCAAGGGAGAAUCUAAAUUAGAAGCUCUCAAUUUUGAUUUCCAAGCAAAUGCACAGUUGUCAGACUCUGAAACCGAUCCAAUGGUUGUGAAGGAAUCUGUGAUGCUCUCCAGUAAGUACCUGAAGACUGAGCACGCGAGUCAAGUGCUAUUUUCUAGAAAUGGUAUCGAGGGGAAGUCAGACACAGUGGCACGUUUACAGACAGAAAAAAAUACAGCGGAGCUUAGUAACAAUAUGCUUCUCAAAAUAUACCAGCAGUUUACCCUGGACAGCAACACAAAGUACUUCCACAAAUUAAAUGUCCCCAAACUGAAAUUUUCCAGUCAGGCUGACCUGCACAAUCAAAUGAAUACACUGUUGAAAGGUGGACACAUAGAAUGGACUUCGUCCGCAACAGGUUCAUGGAAAUGGGCCAACCCCACAUUCUCCGAUGAAGGAACACAUGAAUCACAGAUUCUUUUCACUGUGGAAGGGCACACUUCUCUCUUCAACCUAUCUAAUAAGAUCAAUAGUAAACACCUCAGAGUUACUCAAAAUGUCAUUUGUGAAUCUGGGUUCUUCAACUUUUCAAAAUUUGAAAUCCAGUCAAAAGUUGAAUCCCAGCAUGUAGGCCUUAGUGUGCUAACUGCCAAAGGCACAGCACUGCUUGGCGAGAUGAAGGCUGAGGUAGCUGGCAACCAUCAUGCCAGUUUAAAUGGAAGGGUUAAUGGAGUGCUGAAAAAUUAUCAUUUCUUUUCUGCACAGCCAUUUGAGAUUACUGCAUCCACAAUCAAUGAAGGGAAUUUGAAAGUUAAUUUCCCAUUAAAGUUGACAGGAAAGAUAGACUUCCUGACUAACUACGCAUUGCUUCUGAAUCCUCGUGUCCAGCAAGCAAAUUGGCAAGCCAGUGCUAGGUUCAAUCAGUAUAAGUACCAUCAAAAUUUCUCUGCUAGCAACAAUGAGAACAGCAUGGAAGCUCAUGUUGGCAUGAAUGGAGAAGCCAAUUUGGACUUCUUAAAUAUUCCUUUGACAAUUCCCGAAAUGACUCUCCCUUACACAACACUCACAACUCCUCAGCUAAAUGAUUUCUCCUUGUGGGAAGGAACAGGCUUGAAGGAAUUCUUGAAAACAACAAAGCAGUCAUUUGAUUUAAAUGUAAAGGCUCAGUAUAAAAAAAACAAAGACAGCCAUUCCAUCUCAAUGCCUUUGGAUAUGUUUUAUGAGUUUGUGAGCCAAAGCAGUAAAUCUUUCAACAAGUAUUUUGAGAAAGGCAAAGACAAGACAUUAAAUGUUCUUGCCAAAUCCUAUAGCAGCCUUCAUAUCCCUAAUAGUCUUCGUAAACUGUCCCUUCCAGAGUUCCAGGUACCAAGAACCUCAAAUAACAUCAUUAUUCCAGCCAUGGGCAAUAUCACCUAUGAUUUUUCCUUUAAAUCAAGUGUCAUCACAUUAAACACGAAUGUUGGACUUUAUAAUCAGUCAGAUAUUGUCACUCAUUUCCUUUCUUCUUCUUCUUCCUGUAUCAGUGCAUUGCAGUACAAAUUAGAGGGCAAGUCAAGCUUGACAAGGAAAAGGGGGUUAAAGUUAGCCACAGCUUUGUCUUUGAGUAACACAUUUGUAGAAGGUAGCCAUGACAGUACCAUUAGCUUAACCAAGAAAAAUAUAGAAGCAUCAGUGACAACAACUGCCAAAGUCCAGAUUCCAAUCCUGAAAAUGAAUUUCAAGCAAGAACUCCAUGGAAAUACCAAGUCAAAGCCUACUGUCUCUUCAGCUGUUGAGUUACAAUAUGACUUUGACUGCCCCAAACUGUACACUACUGCUAAAGGGGAAGUUGACCAUAAGCUUAGCUUAGAAGGCCUCACUUCCUACUUUUCUAUUGAAUCAUCUGGCAAAGGAGAUGUCCAGGGUUCAGUCCUUUCACAGAAAUAUUCAGGGUCUAUUGCCAGUGAUGUCAAUACGUACUUGAAUUCCAAGGUCACUCGGUCUUCAGUGAAGCUGCAAGGGGUUUCUAAAUUGGAUGGCAUUUUUAACUUUGAAGUUAAAGAAAAUUUUGCUGGAGAAGUCACUCUCCAACGCAUAUAUGCCACCUGGGAACACAAUACAAAAAACCUCUUAAGGCUCCAGGGCAUCUUUUUAACCUCUGGAGAGCAUGCAAUCAAAUCCACUCUGGAACUCUUUCCAUGGGAAAUGUCAGCCCUUGUUCAGGUCCGUGCAAGCCAGCCCAGCUCCCUCUUUGAUAUCCCUUCCUUUGGCCAGGAAGUAGUCCUCAAUGCUAACAGUGGACACCAGAAGGUCAUCUGGAAAAGUGAGGUCCAAGUCCUUUCUGGAGCAAUCCAGAACAAUGUACAGCUUUCCAAUGACCAUGAAGAGGCACGCUUUGAGAUGGCAGGAUCCUUAGAAGGACACCUGUCAUUCCUCAAAGAAAUUAUCUUGCCAGUUUAUGAAAAGAGUUUAUGGGAUCUCUUGAAGCUGGAUGUAACCACCAGUAUUGACAAGAGGCAAUAUCUUCGUGCUUCCACAGCUCUUACAUACACCAAAAGCCCCAAAGGUUAUUAUCUUUCAGUCCCUGUGCAAGAACUAGCCAAUGAGUUUAUUAUCCCUGGCUUGAAACUAAAUAAUUCAAACUCAGGGCUUGUCAUUCCUACAUUCCAAGGCCCAUUUACAAAUCUCCAGGUUCCAUUAUACACACUUGACUUCAGUGAAAUAAGAAUCAAGAAGCAAUUAAGUACUUUGCCAUUUGACCUCAACAUGCCAAUACUCCCCAAAAUAAAAUUCCCCAAAGUCGAUGUGUUAACAAAGUAUACUGGAUCAGAGGGCUCCUCAGUUCCCUCUUUUGAGGUAACUGUACCUGCAUUUCAGUUAAUUGUAUCACAAUUUACCCUUCCAAAGAGUAUUUCAGUUGGCAGUGCUAUUUGGGACCUAAAUGAGGUAGCCAAUAAAAUUUCAACCUUGGAUUUGCCAACAAUCACCAUUCCAGAGCAGACUGUUGAGAUUCCUUCCAUUAAGUUAAAGGUGCCUACUGGAAUUUUUAUUCCUUCUUUUGGAUCACUGACUGCACGUUUUGGAAUUGGUUCUCCCCUAUAUAAUACCACAUGGAGUGUUGGCUUGAAAAACAAAGACGACCACCUGGAAACAUUUCUUGAUGCUACGUGUAGCUCAACCUUACAGAUCCUGGAAUAUGAUCUAAAUGUUAUACAAACACUCAAGAUAGAGAGUGGCACAUUAGUGUGCAAGAUCCAAGGAGCAUUUUCCCACCGUGACUUCAGUGCAGAAUAUAAAGAAGAUGGCAAAUAUCAAGGACUUGUGUACUGGGAAGGGGAUGCCUACCUCAACAUCAUCAGCCCAAGGUUCACUGAUGUGCAACUGCACUUCCAAGGGGAUGAGACUUUCUACUUUGCCUCAGUAUCAUCCCCCACCGUCGGCACUCUGGUCUUACACUUCAAGGAAGAGCAUAAGGAUGCUUUAAAAAUGGACUUCUACUACCACCCUCCGUCUUCUCCAGAUAAAAGACUUAACCUAUUAAAAACUGAGUGGAUAUACUGGGAGCUUAUAAAUGAACUCAAGAUCAAAGCUAACUGGGAAGAAGAGGCAGCUUCCCAACUGCUAAACGCUCUCAAAGAUAAUGUACCCAAGGCCACGAGGGCCCUUUAUGACUAUGUCAACACAUAUCACCAGGAACACACUGGAUUAGACCUGAGAGAAGUAUCCUUACGACUAAGAAGAAGUUUACAACGUGGUGCUGAACGAGUCCAUCAAGUAGUUAUAAGGCAGAUUGAUGAGGUGGACAUAGGGCUCCGGAAAGCACUCAGUAGUACCACUUGGGCCUACCAGCAUUGGAAAGAUGAGGCCCAACAUCUGUAUGAGGACCAUUUCCAGGGACUCCUGGAUAAGCUGUAUGAUAGCUCAGUGCAGGUUAUACAGAAAUACCACUUAAUACUCAAUUAUCUAGUAGACUCUCUGGUCGAAUUCCUGAAGGACACCAGAUUCCAGCUCCCAGGGACAACCAGAACAUAUAAUGCACAUGAAUUCUGUGCUAUGGUCAUAGGAGAAGUAGAGAAGAUACCACUUCAGGUAAAUGCAACCAUUCAAAAUGGAUUAGAAAUGCUGACUUCCUUUUUGCAAGACCUAGAGGAAAAACAUGAAUUUAUCAAGAACCUAAAGAUUAGAUUUCCUUUCACUUCAACAAGGUAUAAACUAAGUGAUGUAUUCCAGGAAAUUGGAAGACAAUUGAAGUCUCUAUCACAAAAGAUCAAAAGAAUGUUUGAUGACCUUAAGUUUUCCCUAAAUACAAAGACACUGACUCAUCUUCACUUCAUAUUUCAAAUGGUUUUUGAAAAGAUAAAAUAUGAAAUAGAUACCUUUAAAAAUAAAACAUUUGUUAAUCUCGUGAAUGAUAUCCAACAUGAGGCCAAUUCACUUUUAAGCAAUCCUGUAUCAUAUAUUUCUGAAAUUGUGAGUAAAAACCUACCUCUGGACCUUAAUUACCUUAAUGGCCUUGUUCAAAACCAUCUUGAAGUAGCUUCUGAUGAGUUACAGAAUCUCUACCAAUACAUAAAGGCUCUUCGAAAAGAAUAUUUUGAUCCCAGUGUAGUUGGCUGGACAGUGAAAUAUUAUGAACUUGAAGAAAAGGUUAUUAACCUGAUCAAGAACCUAAUAGCUAUCCUCAAGGACUUGCAUUCCAAAUAUACUAGCAGUGCCACUGACUUUGCUGCCAAACUAUCAGAUGGUAGUCAGCAACUUGUACCCAAAGAUAUCCAAGAAUAUCUUGCCAUAUUUACCGAUCCAGAUGGAAAAGGGAAGGAGAAGGUUGCAGAGAUUUCUACCACUGCUCAGGAUGUAAUUAAAAGCUGGGCCACAGCAAUGAAGAAAGUAAUUUCUGAUUAUCACCAGCAAUUCAGAUACAAAUUACAGGAUCUUUCAGGCCAACUCUGUGAUUACUAUGAGAAAUUCAUUACUGAAUGUGAAAGAUUGAUUGACCUGUUGAUUGAAAAUUACCACAUGUUUCUGCAGUACAACACCAAGUUCCUGAAAAGCAUGCAAUCGAACAUAGCCAAGGACAUCACAUUUUCCCCAGGAGAACUUAUUAUUACCUUAUAA